GCUAGUUGGUUGGUAAACGACAAUGACCAGCAUGCACCGCGGGAAACGCCCACGCGCCCUGGGGUGUUGCGUCAUGGACCGUACGGAAGGAAAGCGGAUGUUUGGCGAUUAUUUCAAAGUGUCGGCGCUAACGUUAAUUUUGCUGUCUUUUCAAUAUCAGCGUUCCUGGAAUAAAUAUCCGACUAACGUCUCCAGUCAGACAAUGCUAUUUUUUUCAAGUGUUAGCACCGAGUUACAUCGAAUUAUUGACAGCCUAACGCUGGAAAGGAAAUAAGCACAGAAUGACGUUUCCAUGGUGAUAGAACUUUACCUCCAACGACAGUUCACUGGCUAAUGUUAGCUAUCGAUGCUAGCUUCGAGGAGGAAUAUUUUUAACUUAACAAAGUGCACCGAUAGAUUAAUUACCAAUGUGAACAGAGAUGUCUUCGGAGUUUCAGUCCUCCGAUCACCAGAGCAUUCCGCCUUCCAGCAACAAUGGCUGUCACCUUUUGCUAUUUGAAUCUCCACCAAACCACGGUAAACUAACACAUGCAGGAUCAACGGAUAUCCAGGACGCCAUUCCCCGGGUGAGAUUUAACAGCCUGACACUCGAUGAAUUGAGUGAUGAGCUUGACAGGCGCACCAAGGAAACGCAGAGGCUUCAAGAAGAGGUGGAAAACGCAACCAAAGUAACCCUGGAGAGGUUGGCCUGCAUUUACAGCCCCCACAGCUCACCUGGACAAAGCUGCCACAACAGCAGUAAUGAUUCAGACGACUCACCUGGGGAUUCCACUAGUCCUUCAACCAUCCAGCCGCCAGAGUCUAAGCCCCUCGCCCGUGAUCUGGAUAGUUUAAACCGAGGAGAUAUCAGCUGUCCUGGAAAGGAGAUGUUGGGAAAAGUAAUAGAUGACUGUAUUCAACAGCUGUCUGACUUGCAGCUCAACAAGGCACGUGAUCAAACUGAACAAGAGACAUUCCGUUUUAACAAAGCCAUCAUGGACUUGCAGGCCAAGUUGCACACGGUCCGGAAGGAGAAGGCCGUCCUGUCCAACCUUAGAUUGGAAGACUCAAAGACACACGUCAGUCAAAUGGAAAACAUGCUGUUCAUAUUGGAAGAGCUCCAAAACAUCAAAAGGGCCGAGGACCAGAAGCUGCGGGAGGCGGAGGACGAGGCGUUGGCAUUUCACAGAAAAGUAGAGAUAUUGGAACAAAAUUUAAAAGAGAUGUACUCACUGUUGUCUCACGGGACACAAAGAGGAGGCAACGGCAUCACCAGUCCGAACGUCGCCACCACUCCAAGACGACUGUCACCGGCUGCUAACACAACUGAGGCUUUUGACAAUGAUUCAGAGAAGCUACAGGAGAGACUUUUUUCACAAUCAAUAAAACAUCUGGGGAGUGAUGAUCGCAGUGGUGUAAAUAAGCAAAAUGAAAGGAUGGAAGAGCUGAUUGAAAGUCUUGGCCAGGAGAUGGCGCUGCUGACUGACAAACUGAGCCGGUCGACAAACGGCAGCUUCAGUUUAUGUGCCAAGUUGGAGCUGCUAAAGAAACUUGCAGUGAGACAGACAUUACUGCACCGGUGUCAGGUCAGUGAACUGGAGUCAACUCUCUGUCGUCAUACAGAUAAGGUCCGUUGUCUGGAGCUGCAGCUCAUUCAGGCUCAGUCCGACCUGUCGGAAGCCCAAAGAGAGAAAGCGAGAUCCCUACUACCGACGGAGCAGCUUCAGUCCCAGCUCGACCAAUUCAAGGCCCUGCUGAGGCAGAGAGCCCAGGAGGGGGAGAAAUCUCAGGAACUCCUGGAGGACAAAGAAAAGGAACUCCGGCUCCGUCAGCAUGAAACCCAGCACCAUCUUGCCCGGUUGGAGGAAGCCCAAAGCCGAUGCCAGACCCUGCAUGCAGAGGGAGAGGCGCUGAGGCUCAGGCUGGAUGACCGAGAGAAGAGGACAGAGGGCAGCAUACAGAUGCAGAACCGCACCAUCAACGACCUUCACCAGCAGAACGGCCUCCUCAGCAACCAGCUGAACCAGCGCACGCUGGCGAUCCAGCAGCUCACGGCCGAGUUAGACCGGCGCAGGUCGGACCUGGCCGCUGCAGAGCAGGAGAGGCUGCAGCUACAGGCCUCUGUGGCUGAACAGAGCCAGCGCGCCCGGGAGGAAACUCUGGAGAAACAGCAGCUCGCCGUCCAGCUGGACAUCCAGCGGGUGCAGUUACGCGCCCUCAAGAAGGAGCACGAGGAACUGCAGCGGCUCCACAGCUUCAAGAACGAGGAGCACGAGGGUGCGGUGCUGAAGCUUCAGAGUCAAAUACGGACCGCCCAUGGCGAGCGCGACCAGGUCAGGUGCACCCUGACCACCCUGCAAGGAGCUGACGGACACGGCCUCCAAGUAGCCAUGGACAUGCAGAAGGAGAUCACGGCCAGGAGAAAGCAGGUCGACUCCUUGCAGAGCAAAAUCAAACAUUUGGAGGAGACAAUAGACCAGCUGUACCAGGGGAAGCGCUUGCAGGGCCUGGAGAAGCACCGUCAGCUGCAGCAGCUGAUGUUCCUCAGGGAGGAGAAGAGACAACUAGGCACCGAGCUGGAGGCCCUUCGCUCCACAGAUCAACAGUUGAGAGAACGCGUCGGCCAGCUGGAGGCCAUCCUUCACAAGAUGUCAGAAAGCUUUGCAGACUGUAAAGAUUUCCUCCAGCUGAAGGAGCAGCACUUUUUCCGUCUGAAACUCCAUCAUGUCCUGGCCUUGAAGGAGCUCCAAGGUCAAAAUUUGUACAGAGCUCCGAAUGUCCCUCCAUCUGACCCGGACUCCCCAUCUUCACUCGGUGCCGCGCCCGCCUCCCAGCGCGGCUCCAACGCCCAGAUCACGCGGCGCCACGCCCAGCGGCCCGGGCCUCCCGUCAGAGAGCUGCCGGGGGGGAUUUCGGAGAACCACAGACCACACACAGGAGUCAGGAGGAGGUCUGCGCCCGAGAGAGCGCGCGGCACCGCAUUAAGUAGUGACAAAGCAGAAGGAAUAAAAGCUGGUUCCAGAUGGAGAAGAAGAACCUGCGGCAGUGAGACACAUUUCCUGAAGGAGGCGGAGCUCAGCGGAGGAGUGAUCCACAAGAAAUGCUUCUGUGAGAGCGGUGUCGUCUCACAUCCAUCCCCCCCGCCGCUGCUCUCACUGGGCCGCAAGUCGCCAGUGUACUCACUCCUGACCUCUGACCCCAACAGCGGACAGUGACUCCCGAGGCAGGCCCUUCUUAUCAGAAGCUUCUUUUCUUGUUCCAGAGGCUCCCCAGAUGAAGUUGUCAAACAAAUGCAAUCCCCAAUCAGGUGUAACUUUGUAAUUCAUUGUGUAAAUUAAGUUUUUAUUCAACAAA